UUGUUAGAUAAAACUAACUUGCUUAUCAGGAAAAGGGAAGCCGCUCAAGGGCUCCGGAGUUCUCCUCUUCAGGGACAUAACAGUCUUCACAAGACAAAAGAGAGGUGGAGUAAGCAUCACGUGUUCACUAGAGGAUAGCCGAAACCCUCAAGGCCAAACAAUAGGCGACAACAACGGUGUAUCGACCAUGUCGUUGACAUUCGAACCAAUAGAGCUGCGGAUGAUGUCUCACACCACGUGCUUCUGAGACACAUUCCGUCUUCAUUUGCAGUGCUGUUGGGACAUUCAGUGAAUCGGUCCCAAGUGAUUUAAAAUCUUUCGACGCAGACGCUUAACAUGCGAUCAUGGUGGAAUUUGCCUGCCAAAUUACAGCAUGAGGAUCACAUGGAAGAAUCGGAUUCCACUGUCACUUUAACAGGUGCUGAAAACGAAUGUACAAAGCUGAGUGAUAGCGGAGGACCAAAAUAUGGAUCGAUUGUUCACUUGAGCCCAAGUCGGAUUGGAAACCUUUCUUGGUGGAAGAAGCGAAAAGAGCGCAUCUUACGUAAGAAAACUCUUUUGAUGCGAGUACCCAUCCUGCAAUGGCUACCGAACUAUUCCACAAAUGAUUUUGUCGCUGACUUGGUAGCUGGGAUUACCAUCGGAAUUACAGUCAUCCCGCAAGCACUUGCAUAUGCAACUAUUGGUGGACUUCCUCCUGAGUAUGGACUUUAUUCCGCUUAUAUGGGAUGCUUCGUCUACGUAUUUUUGGGAAGCACGCGAGCCGUAACAAUUGGUCCUACGGCUCUCUUAGGUCUACUCACACACGAUGGAGCUUUGUUGAUGGGUCCUGAAGCAGCGGUUCUUUUAGCUUUCCUUACUGGUUGUAUUUCGCUUCUCUUUGGAAUAUGCAAUUUCGGCUUCCUUAUCGAGUUCAUCGCAGCACCAGUUAUUGCAGGAUUUACGACCGCUGCUGCUUUGACUAUUGGCACGACUCAAAUUUCAUCCCUUCUAGGUCUGAAAUUCCAAGCUGUUGGAUUUGUUCAGACUUGGCAAGCGGUUUUUGAGCAUAUUCAGGAGACGCAGACAUGGGAUGCUGUAAUGGGAUUCUCAAGUGUUGCCAUCUUGCUAGCUCUGCGUCUGUUGGAGAAAGUUCGAAUAGGCAAAGAUGGUGAUCGGACCAGCAUUCAGUGUUUCAUCAAUGGAGCUUUCUGGUUAAUAUCUGUAUCGCGUAACGCGAUAGUCAUUAUUGUUGGGUGCGUAAUCGCAGCCACGCUAAUCAAACCAGGAUACGACGCUCCUUUUGAGAUCACAGGAAAUAUUACCGGUGGACUGCCGUCAAUUCAAGCACCUAGUUUUUAUAUCGAACAUGGAAAUCGGACCUACAAUUUUGUAGAAAUCUGCCAAAACCUUGGCUCUGCCCUUUUUGUUACUCCUCUCAUUGCCAUCCUCGAAUCAAUGGCCAUUGCCAAAUCGUUUGCAAAAGGCCAACGAAUUGAUGCUAGUCAGGAAAUGAUUGCCAUAGGGACCAGCAAUUUAUUAGGAUCAUUUGUGUCUUCGUUCCCAGUAUCCGGAUCUUUCUCUCGUACUGCAGUUAACAACGCCAGUGGUGUACGAACUGCAUUUGGCGGAAUCUACACGGGAGCUCUGGUUCUGCUUGCUAUAACUGUUCUGACACCCUACUUUUUCAUACCCAAGAGCUGCCUUGCAGCUGUUAUUAUCACUGCAGUUAUUUUUAUGGUGGAAGUUCACCUAGUUAAACUUGUUUGGAAAUCUCGAAAACUAGAUUUGAUUCCACUGUUUGUCACCUUCUCGUUUUGCUUGUUUCUCAGUCUGGAGAUCGGCAUUAUUGUUGGCACGGCAGUUAAUCUGGCAAUGCUUCUGUACGCAACAGCCCGCCCGCGGAUAAAAAUUUUAACAUUUCAAAACACAUCUGGGUUUGAAAACCAAAUUAAGUACUUGUACAUCACACCAGACCGAAGCGUAGUGUUUACAGCCAUAGACUAUUUCAUGUCUACAGUGAGGAAAGCUUCUGCUCUUUACCCUGGAGUUCCAGUAGUUAUUGAUCUAAGCUACGUGUCAAUUGCAGAUUUUUCUACUGCCUAUGGUUUCGACAAUUUAGCCGAAGAUUUGCACAAACGUGGCCACUCCGUUGUCAUCACCAGAGCACACCCAAGAGUGUUAACCAUUCUUGAAGGCGUUCGGGGAUCCAAACUUCAUGUGCACAGAGAUGGGGUAAAGUUGGAUGUUCUGCUGCAAGACCUUUGGUCCACCUGUGCUAUCACUGGAAAAUAUCUUAAAGAUAAAGGAAACGAUACUACUCAAGUCCCGAUUAGUUCUAAAUAGUAGAAGUAUGAGGCUGUUCUGGGAAAUGCGUACCAUCAAUACCUGACUACAGAAUGUAUUUUCGUUAAUGUAACUGCUUAUGGCAUCAAAUGGCGUUUAAUGAACAUCGGACGAUGCAGGA